AGGAUGAAAGUAAUACGACACAAGUGAGUGAGAGUUUGAAAGGUGAAUCUGAGUUAGAGUGAGUUGGUAGCAAUGGCUGAAGCCACCGUGAAACCGGUUCUCUCGCCGUUGCUGUUGCUGCUAUUGCCGUCGAUUCUUUCGAUCGCUCUCGCUUACAGACCCGGCGACAUCGUCCCCAUGAGCCGCAUGGGUCAAUAUCACUCCUCGAGAACCGUGUGGCAGGACCUUAUUGGCCGACAUUGCCCCAUCUUCGCAGUGAAUCGUGAGGUGUUGAUGCCCAUACCCAAGCCCACGGGUUACACUGGGGCUGAUCCUUAUAAAAUAUCAUUUCAAGUUGGAAGGGAAAAGUUUUUAAUCCCGUGGCUUCUAUUGGUCAAUCGGAAAAGUACGGAGGUUCCAAUGAUCGAUGUAGAUCUGAGGUAUUCAGGAAAUGAUUUGCAUGGUGUCACAGCAAAAGUUGUGGAUAUGCCUCACCAUUAUGUUGAAAUUCACCCCGAGAUUGGUAAACAAUUCUGGGAUGCUCAGCAUUGGCCGAAGCAUAUACUUGUCCGAUAUACAUGGAAGGAGCAUUCAGAGAUAGAUGUUACUUCAGGAUUUUUUGUUCUGUUUGGUUCAGGUCUCAUGUUGUCUUUCAUCCUCUCAAUCUACAUAUUGCAAUCAUCACGUGACAAAUUGGAAAGAUUUGUAAGGGAGACGGUUGUAGAAAGCAAUAUGCCCGGUGGAGUAGUAGCAAAGGUUGAAUGAUACAUCCCUAAUGUCAUUAAUACAAAAUGUACAUUGCAAUAUUGUAUUGGUGAAUUGACAAGAUCAGUUGGAGGGUAGAGUUGUUCUUGCGUACACAGUUGUGAACCAGUAGUUUCUUUUCUUGAUGGAGGAGGGGAAUGUGAAUUGGAGUGGAUUAAUUUUAUCAGGACACGGGUUGUGGAGUGAGUAGCAUUACAAGUUGAUAGAUUGAAUGUAUUACAACACCUUGGGAAGGCUGGAUUUUGUAACACUAUAUUAGGUUAAAUACUUAAAAGGCUAUACAAAAACAAAUCAAAGUGUAGGCUAUUAGUUUAAACUGAUGCCGCGAUCUUUUGAACCUAUCUCAUUAUAAAGUUUGGCUGUCAACUC